AUGGUUAAUCUAUUUUUUUAUGUCGCUUUAAAUUCUAUUUUAUUAGGGAAUAAAAUAAUUGGAACAAUAGAGCUUCAUAAUUAUACUGCUUUACAACAAUCAGAAAGAGAGUUGGUAGUUGGUGCUGAUAAAAAUAAAAAGAACUCUAAUAUUGAAAAUGAUACACUUGAAGAGAUUGUUUGUCUUGAACUACAUGAAGAUGACAGAGAAAUACUAUCUAAUGAUCAUCAAGAAGUACAAUCUAAAAGUAGCGAAGACUUUUACAAAUAUGUGGUUUGUAUUUCUGGAGGAGCUUUUUGUUUGACACUAAUAUUAUUUGUUGUGGUAGUCUGUUAUGCUAUUAAAAUUUAUGAUAGUUAA